GUAUAUAUAUAUAUAUAUAUAUAUAUACACACUGUAUUUACUCAACUUUUUCAUAUUGUCAACAGGUCUGUGGUUUGUGCCAACAGCGCCCAUCUACAGAGCGACUAAAUAUGCAGUUGUGGGAUUCAGCCGUGCUAUUGAAGUAUGGCUGUUGCUAUGAAGUCCAACCUUGGGGUGAGGAUCAACAUUCUCUGUCCAGGUGUGGUGAAGACUAACCUGCUGUCCUCUCCUAAUUUAGAGGACCAUUUUGGACAGUUUUCGGAAUUAGAGGGACUGAAGGAGAUGGUUCUGGAGAGAAACGACUUUGAGGUGCCUGAUGAUGUUGCCAAGGCCUCCCUUAUUCUUGUGACGGAUGAAAGCAAGAACAGAGAAAUUUUGAAGAUUGAUGCUGAUGGUAUGGAGUUCAUAUCUCUUCCUGAGCCAUGCGAAAGUAGCCAAUCAGCUUCUUUCUCUGCCACAGCCAAAACUUUCAGAGCUGAUUCCUAAUGCCCGAUUAGAAAUAAUAUGUUAAAGGCUUUGGCAGAGCUCCUAUAAAUUUGCCAUGUUGAGAAUGUACUAAUAUUCCUCAAUUCUAGUUGGCAGUAGACAAUAUGAAAACUUGAGGCAGGCCUAAUAUACUGUAAGGUCUCGACUAAAUAAAAGAUCAGGUGA